UUCCUCAUGACCCUGGCAAGAUUUCACCAGGGAGCAUGGGAUUAGUUUGCAGGCAGUUUGGGAGCCAAGAUGCAGAGCCACCAGAAAGAGCACCUUUAUAAGAUCCUGGUGAUUGGGGACCUGGGAGUCGGGAAAACCAGUAUCAUUAAACGCUAUGUCCACCAAAACUUUUCUCCGCAUUACCGAGCAACCAUCGGGGUCGAUUUCGCCUUAAAAGUGCUCAGUUGGGAUUCCGAUACGGUGGUACGGUUACAACUGUGGGACAUUGCUGGCCAAGAACGGUUCGGAAACAUGACAAGGGUAUACUACAGAGAAGCCGUCGGAGCAUUUAUUGUAUUUGACGUCACGAGGCCGGCAACGUUUGAGGCUGUGACGAAGUGGAAAGAAGAUUUAGACUCUAAAUUGACUCUGUCUAAUGGUAUUCCCGUAUCAGCCGUGCUUCUGGCCAACAAAUGCGACCAGGGAAAAGACGGCCUUAAGAACAACGGCGUCAAAAUGGACCAGUUCUGCAAGGAGCACGGCUUUGUGGGGUGGUACGAAACAUCAGCAAAGGAAAAUAUAAAUAUUGACGAAGCCUCCAGAUGUCUGGUGAAGCACAUAAUCGCAAGCGAGAGUGAUUUAAUACAGCCGGUGGAAUCAGAUGUUGUAAAACCCCAGAUGAGUUCCUUCAAAAUAGCUAAUUGUUCUGCUUGCUUUAAGUCCUAGGGGUUAUUCCCUGGCAGAUCCGGUCAAUAAAAAUGCCAAUAAAUGCUCUCUGCUUUGCAAAUAAA